CUGCUGCUUUCGGGAAUUUGUAAUGCCGACCCGUUAAUCUUAUCGGAAAAUUCUCCGCAUUUGUUUUUCUUCAUAUUUUUUUUGCAUGACAUUGGGGGGGUAUAAAGCUUCUGUAUCCUCUCCAUUCCUUAAAUACAUUUAAAUACUCCGUUCAAGGUUCCAGGCAUUUCACAAUGCCAAAGGCAAAUCAUAAGAAGCGCAACAAUGCUUCACACUCGAGUCCCUACGCCGAGGCUGCGGCCAAAACCAAGGCAGCCAACAGCAUAUUUAGAAUGAACACAGAUAUUGGACAACACGUCUUGAAAAAUCCUGGUAUCGCCGAGAAAAUUGUCGAGAAGGCCGACUUAAAACAAAGUGAUGUCGUCCUCGAAAUAGGUCCUGGAACGGGGAACCUGACUGUCAAGAUUCUUGAAAAGGCUAAAAAAGUCAUCGCAGUCGAACUGGAUCCUCGUAUGGCGGCAGAGCUUACAAAACGUGUCCAAGGAACACCUGCUCAGAAACGUCUCGAGGUCAUCUUAGGAGACGUGAUCAAGACCGACCUUCCAUACUUCGAUGUUUGUAUCAGUAAUACUCCAUACCAGAUUUCCUCUCCUCUCACUUUCAAACUUCUUGCAACUUCACCAGCACCCAGAGUGUGUGUCCUCAUGUUCCAACGCGAAUUCGCGCUGCGGCUUUUCGCGAAGCCUGGGGACAAGCUUUACAGCAGGCUCUCAGUCAAUGCCCAGAUGUGGGCCAAAAUAGAUCACAUCAUGAAAGUCGGCAAGAAUAAUUUCAAGCCUCCACCAGCAGUGGAAUCAAGUGUCGUCCGUAUGGUUCCCAAGAACCCAAGGCCGCAAAUCAGCUAUGAUGAAUGGGACGGGCUUCUGAGAAUUGCCUUUGUAAGGAAAAAUAAAACACUCCGGUCUAGCUUCCUAGGGAAGUCGAGCAUAAUGGAUAUGCUGGAAGCCAACUACCGCACAUGGUGUGCUCAGAACGACAUCCCAAUCGAAGAUGGGCCUUCCGAGAAUCCAGAUUCUGACAUGAUGGACACUGGCAACGCACAAGAUAACGGUGAGGAGGAUUUGGACGAGACAAUGGACGUUGAUGAGGACGACGAUGUUCCAGACUUUUUCAAGGAGGAGGCCAAUGCCCGUAUACAAGAAGCUCUCAAGAACAAACCGAAUCGUAAAAAGAAAGGGAAAGUAGCGGAAUUGGUACGCGAGAAGGUUCGGCAGAUCUUGGAAGAUGAAACGAAACUUGCAGAUAAACGUGCCAGAAUGUGUGAUGAGGGUGACUUUCUGAAGCUGCUGUGGGCGUUCAACCAGAAGGGCUUUCACUUCAGCUAGGCUUGGCAAGGGAGAAUGAGAAGUCCUUCGGCACCCUGCAACGUCAAAAUAGCGAACCAUCCAUUCCUCUGAUGGAAUCUGAUUACAGUCCUAGACCGCUAUCAUCUGGGGGCUGUUCACCAGAGGGCCGGAGGUGGGCACGUGAGUUCUGGAACAGACUCUGCCAGAUAAAUGCCUCGCUCAACAAGAGCUCUAUAUCUUUCUCAGUCCAAUCUUUUGUUGGCAGAGCCUGGAGGAACAUCAUCACUUCCUGCAAGAAUUUAGCCCUUGCAUAGUGACUAUUAAUCGGAAUAAAAAGGCCACAAACCUGGAAGUCCAUCUUGACCAACUGAUCAGACCAUUUUGCGAGGAAUGCAGCACAAACGUACAGAUGGAAUCGAGAGAAGCCUUGCUCCUCGGCCUGGGAACUGUUAGCAUAAUCUCUAAUAUCUAUAAUGGCAAUCCAAGACACACCAAAUACGUAUCCCAC